CAGAAGGCCGUUGUCAGAAUAUGCAGACGAAAUCAUCUAAAAUCCUUAAAUAAUCCCGCAUUUCCGUCGAAAUGACAACCGAUAUUGACACGAUUAGGAAGUGGAGUGAAGGCGAAGCAAUUCACGAUCAGGGCAAAUAUCAAGAAGCGAUUGACAAGUUCGAACAAGUCCGAGAACCGAACCAUAAAAUUCUGUUUAAUAUUGGCUGUGAUUUUCUCUGUACUGGACUUCUGAAAAGAGCUGUUGAGGCCUUCAGGCUGUGUGUUCAGAAGGACACCAAUCUCGCCAUUGGUUACUUCCAGUGUGGAAUAUGCUACCAUAAGUUACAAAAAUACCGCGAUGCUGCCCUGUAUUGGAACUUUGCCUUGGAAAGAGUGCAAGGGAAGAAAGUGAUUAACUACAGCCCGCUCGGGCUAAGAUAUCAUCUCUAUGAAUGUGAGAUUCGGCACAACCUGGCGUUGACCCUACUCUAUCUUGGAGACUAUUCAGAAGCAAGUCGAGUCUUGCAAGACGCGAUCAGGCUUCAAGUCACCCUCAAGCAUAAGGCAAUGUUCACACCAGCAGCUGAAUCAUGCAAGAAUGGAUUGGCCUUCCCUUUGAUUGAAAUACCAGUAAAUGCUAUCUUCAGACCUGACAGAGCUUUAGUUGCUAACAUGAGCAAGAAGGACUACCUUGGGAAAGCAAAGGUUGUAGCUGCACUUGAUGAUGAUAAGACAACAGGAUUUUCAGGAAUACAAUUGAUGGCUGAAAAUGAUGGCAAAAUUCCAAUCCAUCGUGUAUCUCCUCAACCAAGACGCAAGAAAGGACUCCUUUCUCGUAGUUUAGAUAAUAUACUCGGUGUGGACGACAGCGAUAUGAAAAAAGUGACAAGUAAAAGCAGCGAAAAUGUUCUUGAAAUGGAUGGUAAAAAAGGGUCAAAUGUUUGUGUUGGCAUUCAGCGGGAGCGUUAUGAAUUUUUGAGACAAAACGUCCCUCAGAAUGCACCACCUCGACCCCCUCUGCAACAUCCAGCACCAAAAUUGAAACCGACUCAAACCCAGGCGAGGGAUGUCCCAACUAUUUUACCGCCACAAAAAAUAGUCAGGCAACAGGCAUUGAAGAAAUCUAGGGCUAGGGAUGCAUCUGGGAAAACCGUGAGUCCUAGUAAACCUGAGGUAAGUCGAGCAAUUGCUUCCGAUGAUGUCCCACGGAAUGAAUUUGAUGUCAAAUGGAAAUGCCUACAUGACAAUCAAUCCCGUGGCCAAGCAUGGAAAUUUGACCCGCCAAAUGAUGCAAAUUUUCUUGCUAGCCGACGGACAUCUGCGCCAACUGUUCACGCAGCCCCGAAAAUAACUGUAUCGUUUGAAAAUGGGAAACGCUCGCAAUCCUUAGUACCAGAGGUGCAUGAAGACAAUGAUCAAUUGUAUGUUAACUUACCGCUUCGUCCAAAGUGCUCUGGGACGCCUGCUCCAGAAUUGCUUGAUUCGGGAGGAGAGUUUGAUAAUCCACCCUAUUUACAGCUAGUCGGAGGCUAUUCAGGUUUAGAUCAGGAAAACAUUGAGGAAGCAUCUUACGCUGAUUUGAAACCAGAGGAAAAUUUGUAUGAGGAAGUUGGGAUCAAUUUGAAGGCCAAGUUAGGCUGUACGGGAGCUAAGUUUGGGCUGCCUGGUCCUUCAGCGAUGUCCAUUUGUAGUUGUCGUGAUAACAUGGAUUUUGAUGGAACAGAUAAUUAUUACUCAACUCCAGGUGAGGAAUAUUAUGAAGAUGUGGACGCAAUGGAGUUACCAGAUGAUGCCCAGCCAUUUCGACCAAUUAAAAGAAAGCGUCGAUCUCGAACUACUGAUGACCUCCCAAAGCGAACAAUUCAAGAGAGAAAUGUAGCCACGCAGUUUGAUUGGAGGGCUCAAGUAGCAAAGACAUGUUCUAAUAAAACAACUGAUGAUUUACCCAAAAAAGCUCCACGGCUCCCCAAAGGACCGGGUAAACCGGGCAGGCCACCACAACCGAAAUUGUUGUCCAAUCCUUGCACAAUACCCCAAGCAGGCUCGAUUAACCAGGAAAGACCUGUGUCACCAGUCUCCCCAGGACGUCGGGAUCCUCCCAAUCGGCCUCCUCCGCGACUUUCCCCAGAGGCAGUCCGACCAAAACCACUGCAUAAGCCGUCCUCCCCGAAACAAUUCUCGUCUGAUUUAGGAGCACAAUGGUUGAAAGGACCAGACCAAGUCACUUCGGGGAAUGUGCAACAGCAACAGAGACGUGUAUCAGAAGGUUCUUACACUGUAGACAGGAAGGCGUCAGAUUGCACAGUGAAAGUGCAGAAACCACAACGACCAUCGCUUCCAGAAGGUGGAUUUGCAGGGUUAAGGACAGAUAUGGAAAGAGAAACCUAUCAAACUAAAAGCAAACAUCAGAUGCCCUGUGGCAGCGUCACCUGUGGACAAACCCAGAAAAAUUUCCGGGCAGACAAUGCUGCAGACCGAUCAGAUAAGCGAACUUGCACAGGUUUUGCAGAAGAGGAUGCAGAAAUCUUAUCUUGGCGAUUUUGACAAUUCGUCUGCGACAAAAUCAUGACAAACUGACUGCAGUACUGAGUUUGAUUUGCAUAUCCAAGACAUUUUUAUCAUUUGAAAAUAUUUGCAGAUUCGUGAUAUUUCAACCUUGGUGGACCUUUACUUCAGCAAUUUGACAACCCUGGCCAUAUCGAUAUAAAAAGUGGAUAAAGGCGAGCUUACCGGGCUGCUGCCUAUGUGUCCCUUUAUCAGUAAUAAGACAUCAUUGUUCAAGAUUUCUGCAUACAGAAUAUAGUACUUAUAUUUUCAUAUCAAAUCAAUUACUGUUAAUCUGUGAUGAGCCGUCAAUGAUCUACAUGUAUUAACUGCCAUUCCAUCAUCUAAUUUUGUCAUUGUCAUAUCAAGAUUAGUAAUAACUGUAUAGGGCAUUUGGUCCUUCGUAAUUUUUUUGUAAUGAGAGUUGUUGAAUUUACAAUAUAUUGAGGUUCUAUUUUAUAACUUCCUUGUGAUAUCAAUUUCAGUUGUAUACAUAAAAUAAUUAUGGCACCUAUCAGUAUCAGCAUAUCUGUAAUAAUGUCUGUACCCAGAAUCAUCAUAGUAUCAUAAAGCUGAUAAAAUUGUAUAUGAAUUA